AUGCAGGGGCGGAUUGCGCUCACUUCGGAGGAGCUGCUGAAGGCAGUGGCCAAGGCGCAGUCCCCUGACGAACUGCUCCAAGCUUUGGCGCCCUCGAGGAAGCAAGAGGAGCUGGAGGAGCAGGCGCGGCUCGCGGACUUGCGGGGCGCGGAAGAUCCGCAGAAGACCCGCAGAGAAGAGGUCAAGGCAAUAGGGCAGGCCACACAGGUGUUGACCGAUGGCCGUGACAAGCUGGAAGCGAAGGGGGUAAGCUUCCUCCAGCAAAGCCAGCACGCUCACGCGCCAGAGGGUGCCAUGUCCAACUUGUUGCGAGUUACGCGGCGGUUCAAUGAUCCACGGCUAUCCGCACUGGCCCUCCGGGCGAGGGUGGACAGCUUGGGAGAGGUUUCCAAGGCGAUCGAUGACAUGCUUCUCAGCCAGUCCUUAGUCAUGCUAAGUUGCAGCGAAAUGAAGAAGAAGGAUUUUUGCAAAGAGCAAAUCGCCGACAACAAGCUUCAGCAAGCCAAGCAGGAGCGCAAAAAGGAAGACGUGGACAUUCUGCUGGAAACGCUACAGGAGAAGAUAAAGAAAGCAGCUGUGGAGAAAGACGAGAUUGUGUCAGAGAUUGACACGCUCAACACAGAACUGGCCAAGGCGGCUCAAGAGCGAGAAGAGCAGAACAAGGCUUUCCAGACCGGCGUGAAUGACCAACGCGAGACGCAGAAGCUUCUGAAGGGUGCCAUGAAAGUGUUGUCAGACUACUACGAUAAAGCUUCGCUCCUGGAGCUGUCCGCCGCUUCAGAGGCUGGUGUUUCUGAUGGACUGGACCCAUCUGCACCGAAAGGCUUUGAUGCCUACAAGAAGAAUGCAGGGUCUAAAGGUGUCAUGGCGAUGUUGCUUCACAUUAGCCAGCAAGCUGAGGCGGCUGAGAAGCAGGCCAUCAAAGAUGAGAACACGGCGCAAGCAGAUUAUGAAAAGCUUGCCAAGGAAACUACCGUCAAUGUUGCAUCGAAGAAAAAGGAGGUUGAAGGAAAGAAGGCAGCCAUCACGAAGGCUCAGGGCGAGAUGGCAGAUGCCAGCACAGAUCAGACGAAUAUCGACUCCGCCACGAAAGCCUUGAUAUCAGCAGCGGGAACGCUGCACUCUGAUUGUGACUUCUUGCUCAAGAACUUUGAUUUGAGGCAGACGUCGUUUGAUGACGAGGUUGGAGCUCUAGUCGAGGCGAAGGGCUUGAUGAAAGGCAUUGGUGGUCAGCCAGGUGGCGAGUGA